GUGAUGGACAAUGAGUCAACAGGUGAGGCGCCCCACGUAGGUCCUCCAGUGCAUGUCUCCCCCCGGCUCCUCGACCAAUAGGAAUCGAGCGUUGUGGAGAGUGCCCGUGGCAGCCUCGCGGUACAAGAAGCGGAGAGAGAAAGGCGGCCAGCACGAUUCCGCUGACUUUAAAGGAGGGAGCUGUCACGUUGUAAUGGACGCAAACAAAGGUAAAGGAGAUCAAGGCAUCCAGAGUUCGGAGGGACAGGGUCCGGACAGCUUUCACAACAUGGAAAGCCUGCUUCCUAAAGCAGUGAAGAGGCGAGUUCAUGCACUGAAGAGGCUACAGGUUCAGUGUGCCAACAUAGAAGCCAAGUUUUAUGAGGAGGUCCAUGAACUAGAGCGGAAGUACGCUGUUCUUUACCAGCCUCUCUAUGACAAGAGGAGAGACGUUAUCACGGGAACGGUGGAGCCCACAGAUGAAGAAUGUGAGUGGCAGAGCGACCGAGAGGAGGAGGAAGACCUAGCGGAGCAACUGAAAAAGAAGGCUGCGGUUGAGGACAAGAAGGAAGACCCUACCCCAGAGGAAGACCCCAAAGGCAUCCCUGAGUUCUGGCUCACCAUCUUCAAGGGAGUAGACAUGCUCAGCGACAUGCUUGAGGAACAUGAUGAGCCCAUCCUUAAGCACCUGAAAGACAUCCAGGUCAAGUAUUCUGAGCCUGGGCAGCCAAUGAGUUUCACGUUAGAGUUCCACUUUGAGUCCAACCCCUUCUUCAACAGCACUGUCCUCACUAAGGUGUACAGGAUGAAGUCUGAACCCGAGAGCUCAGAGCCCUUCUCCUUCGAGGGUCCUGAGAUCAUUGACUGUGAAGGCUGUCCGAUAGACUGGCAGAAGGGGAAGGACGUGACGGUGAAAACCAUCAAGAAGAAACAGAAGCACAAAGGCCGCGGCACGGUGCGCACCGUCACCAAGCAGGUCCCCAACGACUCCUUCUUCAACUUCUUCAACCCCAUCAAAGUCGCACCAGAUGGAGAGUUGGACGAGGACUCUGAGCUCACCCUAGCCACCGACUUUGAAAUCGGGCAUUUCUUCCGUGAGCGGAUUGUUCCCCGGGCCGUGCUGUACUUCACCGGGGAGGGUCUGGAAGACGACGACAGCUUUGACGAUGAGGAGGAGAUGGAGGAAGGCGACGAAGAGGAGCAGGAUGAUGACGAUGAUGAUGAGGAUGAAGGAGAGGUGGACACCAAGGCAUAAUCAAAUCAUUUUCACUGCAUGCAUUCCUACUAGAAAGCUGAAGCCCAGCCUGCCGAAUGCAAGCAGCAGUAAGCGGUGAGACCAGCUGGUGUCGGAUUACGGCGGAGAUCUUCUCACAUUUCUUUCAGGUUCUCAAUAAAUUGAAGGCCCCUCCCCUCUACCGUUUGCAGGCUCCGCCCAUUUCCGAUCUCUCGUCUGAACGCAAUAGAACGCAACCAAACAGUGUUUUUACGAUGUGCAUGACUUUUUAUUUAGAUUUUGUUUAUCUUCAGUUUUUUCCUCUCCAUACCACCUUCUUAAAAACACCAAACUACUAUUUUUGAAUUGUAGACGGGUGGUUUUGAGUUAUUGUUGAACAAAGUAUAAUCACUUGUAUUCUAAAGGAGGCGUCCACGUCACCACCAGGGGAAAGGAUCAGCCCCCAACUUAGGUUUUCAUUUUUUGGUGGGGGGGGGGGGGAGAAUCAAUGACUCAGGGUUUUUUAAUACCAAUAAGAUGGUUUACCAGAACACUGCUGAACAGGAAUGGUUUCACUGGGGUGGGGUGGCUGCCAGGUUUCAUCCUAGGUUUGCUCAUUAUAAGACAAAAUCUGAAAUGUUUUCUUUUUUCUUUUUUUUAUGUUCAUUGUCAUGUCGUUGGACUAUUUAUUUUGGUUUCACCUGGCUGUAUGACUUGCAUCAUGGGAAAUUGUAAUAUUCCCAUCCCAAGUUAAAGGCCUGUUCUCAUUGGCUCAAAUUUCUCUUCGGCUUUGCGUAUACUGCCAAAUUGCGUCAUUUUAAAACAUAAACGUGUUUCCAUGGUUACUAAUGUAGUUAUGUAAUGUACAACUAGUUUGACUAAAGCAUAAAAGCGCUUAACAGGCUGUUUUUGCUUGAUGAACGUUAGUUAUUCCCGUUGACACAGCCUGUAUAAAAAACAUUUCCAACUAGUGUUCUUGGACCCACGAGCUGUCUGUUGUAGGGACGCUAUCUUGGCACUCUUAUCUGGGACAACAUGUCAAAAUAAUUUGUUGCGAUAGGUGGUCUUGACUAACACUUGACUUUGAUCCCCAUUUCGUACCGCCCUGAACCAUAGCCUCUUCCGUUUGUUUUAAUGGAAGGUAUAUACAACAAGAACAACAGACUGCCAAGUUGGGACUGAUGCUUUUGAACCCUGUAGUGUUCCCCCCCCUCCCAAAAUACAAUUAUUAAGGUUAACAAGAAGCCAAAAAACACCUUAACAUGAUUUGUACCAAUUGUUCUGCCAAUUAUUUUUACUGACCAUAUAAAUGUACUUCACUAUUUGACAUUUUGUUAACAAAAUCAUAUUUUCCUUUUUAGUUUAAGAUUCAACGGACUGUCUAGGGAUGCAUUGUAAGAGGUUGCCAAUGAGUUUAGUUCUGCACCCUGGUGUUUCUCUUGGUAUUGUGGAUGCAGGGCCAUAAUGAUAUGAUGGUGUGAUGCUGCGUUCUCCGCUAAAACAGAAUCAGAAUAAAAAGCUUGUAGAUCUGGACGAUCUCCGGCUCCCUGCGGGCCGUGUACUAGCAAUGGCCUUAUCUGGUUCUUCGCAAUUUGUUACUUGCGCAAUAUUUCUUUUCAAUUUGUACAAAAUGAGUUAAGAUAUUCUAUUAAAGUUGUGCGACAUAAACAAA